CCUACAUGAUUUUCUGUUUCUGAUUAACCCUAACUGUAAAUGCAAAAAUAGAAAAAAGAAAAGAGAAAUCUGCCAAGCUGUAGCUUGUGGACUGCCUCAAUUAUCUGAUCAUGGACGCCUCCUUUCUCCUUUGUCUUUGUUAAAUUCUCCAAUCUCCAUUUUAAUUCCUUUGCCCCAUUUUGCUAGAAUAUUCCCUACUCUUGGAAAUUACCAAUCACAGAGUAGGGGGACAGAGAAUUAUACACUGACCCAUAAUUCCCCUAUCAAAAAUUCAAAAUGGGUGCCUCUUCAUCAGUUCCACAAAACUCAAUUCAUGAAUUCACUGUCAAGGAUUGCAAAGGAAAGGAUGUGGACCUCAACAUCUACAAUGGAAAAGUGCUUCUUGUCGUCAAUGUUGCUUCCAAAUGUGGGUUCACAAACUCCAACUAUACCCAAUUAACUGAACUCUACAACAAAUACAAGGAUAAAGGCUUUGAGGUAUUGGCUUUUCCCUGCAACCAAUUCCUGAAGCAAGAGCCUGGUACAAGUGAGGAAGCACAACAAUUUGCUUGCACAAGGUUCAAGGCAGAAUAUCCCAUUUUCCAAAAGGUGCGAGUUAAUGGUCCGGACGAAGCACCAGUCUAUCAAUUCCUUAAAUCAAGCAAAGGUGGUUUUCUUGGUUCCAGCAUCAAAUGGAAUUUCACCAAGUUUCUGAUUGAUAAGGAAGGGAAAGUUAUCAAGCGUUAUGGCUCCACCACUACACCGUUGGCAAUUGAGGCAGAUAUCCAAAAAGCACUAGGGGAAGUGUGAGAGGCUACCAAGUACAGAUUGGUCAGUUGAUGAACUCAAUUAUAUAAUAAAAAGAGAGGAUGGAGAUUUCUUGUAUAUUCUGUUUGUUCAACCUGCUUGUGCUCUUGUAUAUUGUGUUAUCCAGGGAACACGGUUUCAAUUGUUGCGCCUCCUACCUCCCUCUCACCUCAAUGUAAUUUGUAAUACAGUAUAUAGUCUCUGUUUCAUAGUAAAAAAGUAUAACUUCUAUUAUUUUUA